GAUACAGUGCUUACGACGUCUCAUUUUUCCAUCCAUCUUCUGGCCACCCAAUCGCAGCUCUCUUCGUGUCACGCAUAAUCGCGAUAAGGAAGAUUUCAAGAAGAAUCAAAAGUCAAAUCGCAUCAACGAUCUUCGAGCUGCAAGUUAAAAUAGUGUUCGCCAAAGUUUGGCACUUCAGGGAUUUGAAUUUCGAUGGGAACAGGUUCAUAUUUGUGAUUUGGAACUGUCUGAAACAGUGAACUGAACUUUGGAGAAGAUUUUAUUCGAAAUUACAAUUGCAUCUGUGGAACGGGUGUGAUAUUGUACGUAGUAGGAGAUAGUGAUUGAUCGUGAGCAGAAAGGGACUCACUUUCUUACAUUUUUAUUUAUCACAAUUUAAUUUAUUACAACAAACAUUAUGUGGAUGUAUUGGAAAGAUGCCCGUCGGAAGUGGAAGCUAAUUAUUAAAUGCAGUUGAAAGUUUAGCUGACAUUAUUGCUAAAGAAGUUAACAAGAAAUACGAAUAUUAACAUAUGAACUGUCUCUGUAAAUCAUUUCAUUAAAAAUAAGCGUUUAUCCUGUAAUUCUUCAGAUGAUACUAUACCAAAUAGAAUUUAAGUUCUAAGAAGUCCAAGUGCCAUUAAGAUUGUGACGUGCAAGUGACGUAAUUCUGAGGUGCAAAUAUGUAUAACUGUUGAUGUUAUAGAAAUAUGACAAGGAAGUAUACAUAAUUAAUACAUUUCAUACACUAAGAGAUAUGCACUUAUGUGUAAAACAGUACGGAUGCAAGUGAAAAAGAAUUACGUUAAUAAAUAAAAUUCGAUGGAGAAUGUGUCCUGACAAUUGUCCUGUACAUACAGAUAUUCAUAUAACGAUAUUAAAUACUGCAUGAUACAAAUGGAAUUAUAAUAGACUUUAUCAAGUGCUAAAAUUUUAAUAUAUCUGCUAUGUGCGUUUAAGAAUUAGGAAAAUUCACUUUGUAGAGUUUAUACUAUUCAGCUCGAAUUUUAUACUCGUGAAAUCUCAAAGGAUGAACAUUAUUCUAAACAUCUACAAAUAACAAAUGGACACAUACGUGCAAUAAUAGAUAUAUUUAGAUACAAGGAUUUCAAGAAUUGAGGCUAGCAAAUCACGAGAUUACAUUGAAUUCUGAUAUACGAAUGAACACAGGGACGUGUCACAGAAAGAUAGAUAAAAUACAUAGUGAAAUGUACAGACAUGGAACGACACAUUGAGCAUUAAUAUUUAUCGUGAACAUUUGAUCAAUUAACGAAAAAUGGAUUCUAACGUGGAAGAAACGGACUUGGACGUCGGAUCCGCGAGCGACGAACUUGAAUCUUCGAUUGGGGAGUCAAAGUGUCGGCCGACACCAAAACCCUUUACGAUUGAAAGUCUGAUCGGUAAUUGUGGCGGACGGAAAGGAAAGUGUGACCAAGAUUCACCGGGCGAGAAGACGAACGAAAAUGAAGAGGACUCCGAACGAGACAGGCAAUAUCUUUAUCAGAGACACUACCUGGCUACCGCAGCUGCCAACGCACUAUCUCCUGGUUUUGGAGUGCCACUCGGUUUGUACAGUGCAUGGCUACCAAUGCGGAUGUACGGGAACGGUAGUGCUUCCGGUGUUCCAAUGUUACCAGCGCACACGUCCGCCAGUUAUCCGUCUCACCAGGAUCUUUAUCAAAGCCGGCUGUCACAACAUUUGGGUCCAGGUCCGAAUCAUCUCCAAGGCGCGGCUUAUCCAACUGGUUCUCAGCGAGCAACGAAUCAUCGUGGUUCGACCAGCUUCACGGACAGCGAAGAUGAUGGUAGCAUCGAUUCACCGGCAUCACCUGCUCACGAUCUAUCCAAAUCGAGACAUGGUUCCGAAAAUGGUCGAGGCUCGGCGGACAGCGAAGACGAAGGCGGAGGGCUAAGCGUAACCGGAGAGGGUCACGACGCGACGGACACGAUGUCUAGCAACGCGUCCAGCAACGUGAGCCCAGGAGGAUCUCUGGAGAACGGUCAGAAUAUGUCAACGAGUGGAUCCAGCAACAACAAAGCCAGACGCAGACGGACAGCAUUCACUUCGGAACAACUGCUAGAAUUAGAACGAGAGUUUCACGCGAAGAAAUAUCUUAGCCUCACGGAGAGGUCGCACAUCGCCCACGCUUUGAAAUUGUCUGAGGUUCAAGUGAAGAUUUGGUUUCAAAAUCGACGAGCGAAGUGGAAAAGGGUGAAGGCAGGAUUGAGCGGGGGCGGCGUUGGUUCCGGAGUAAGCAGUAUGGCGACCGCUGGUGCUUCUAACAGACAUAACGGAGCGACUGGUCAUCAUUCCGGCAGUGGAACCAGGAUCGUUGUGCCGAUUCCAGUGCACGUUAGUCGGCUGGCUGUGAGAUCGCAUCAUCAUCAUUUAGAAAAGUGUGCCAGACCGUCGAGAGUCAGCCGGACGAGUGAGAGUCCUACGUCGAGCUCAACGUCCUCGGUACUCGGCGAUGCUUUCGGUUUGGUCAAUUCGUCUAUCAACCUCAGCGGACAGGUGCAACAGAGUCCUUUAAACACCGGAGUCGGAAUUGGAGUUGGUGUUGGCCUCAGAGCGUUUACGGUCCCAUCUCAAUGCGGCGGACUCAGUUCUUCCAGGUAGUGAACGUUAAGUAGUGAACUGUGAACGUCUUACUGUUUGAAGAUAGCGAGAGUAUAAAAAGUAAUUAUUUAUGAAACGUGGUGUUGAUAAAACUUAGUUCGUAAACGAAGAGGUGGGUGAAUGAAAAAGUUGAUGUAGAUAGUGACAUGUGAGUGAACAAUUUUUGGACAGGGAUGUUGAUUAUUAUAUUGAUUGUUACUCGAAUGAUACAUUAGAAUGUUUACUCUCUGUGUACACAGCCAUCAGGAUAAUUUCAGCAUCAUCUACAUUUUCAUUUCUUCUUUUGACUUCAACUAUAUUUCAAAUGUAGCUUACAUUUCUAUGGUUAAAUAGCGAUUGCUCAUGAGUAAGGUCAAUUUGACAGAUCAUGACGUAUAAGUAAACUAAGUGUUAAAGUUCGAGUAACAGGACCAUUUGCUUCGACACUCAAUUUGGACUGGAUACAGGCGAUGGAUUUUUUUUCAUGUGACACUGCUGCGAUCAUUAUGCUUGUCUUCGAUCAUUUAACUGAUGUGAAGGCAAAGAAAAAUACGUGAUCACUCGUACGAAAAAUCGAUCGUUCGCAUCCAGCCUUGCUCUCUCUUAUGCUUCAACUUAAUCUAACAUCAUCCAAUUUUAUUAUCAACCAAUCUGUAAAUAAUUAUCCCCAUGUCGAUAAGAAGAAAAAUUCUGUAAAUAUCUUUCCUAUAGCGCAUUAUCUAGAGUAUACGAGGAGCCGUAGGUUGUUGUACUUGUAGAUAAUUUCCUUACGUUUAAGCGAACCUUCAUCCGAGAAGUACUACGUUACGAUGAUACCUGUUAUCGAUCGAGCGUGCGAUUACCGCAGCUGUAUCAGUGCCGUGGAUUGGGAGAACAGUCAGAAGUGUAUACCGAGGAAGGCAAUAAAACUUGCGAAUAACAUGUGGAAUAUAGCGCAGGACAGGCUCUCAUGAAUCCACGAUUCUUGCAAUUAUCUAUGGAUCAAACGGACGAGUC